AUGUCUGUGAUGGUGAAUUGGGCAACUUAUUACCACAGGGAAAUCAAUGGAUGGGAUCCAUGGUAUGACAUGCUGGUAACCAUGGGUGACUACCCACCCUUGGACUUUGUCAUUCCAAUGUUGAAUCUGCAGCUGUGCUACAACCCAGGGACAAUCAUUGCAUUUUCAGGUUCAGCAUUGGAGCAUGGGGUGGGAGCUGUAGAUGGUGACAGAGCAUGCCUGGCAUACUACAUGUGUGCCAAUGUACAUCAGUUGGUGCAUGUUCCCAUGUGUCAAUCACCAUGGAUGGAUGACCUACUACCUAGACCAGUCACAACUGGAGAACUGUUGAUUUGA